AUGGAUAUGCCUGAUGGUCCGAGCAAAAGACCGAUUCACAAACGGGUCGCUAGGUGUGUUUCCGACUUAGUCGACUGGGAUGAGGACCUGAGGCCUAGCAUGGAGCCAAGUGAGGCAACAGCACACCUAGACAGCACAGCAUUCACGUCAGUCGCUUCGCCGUCGCCUGAUGACACCUAUACCUUCAAUGAAAGUCACAGACCUCAAGGGAUGAAGCGUGCGGCCAAAGGGAAGUCGAGCUCCAAAAAGGCGUCAACUGCGAGACGUCGUACGAUACCGCAAGGGGCCGUGAAAGAGAAGGCCGUUCCCAAGAAGCGUGCAGUUCCAGUUUCUGAUGAAACGGCACAAGAAGAUAUGCCUGGGAUUCGACGAAAGAGGCUGGUAGAGGCCCCGCGGCAUGAUGACGGUUUGCGCAGUGACAGCAACAAAUCUCCUCGGGUUCCCUCGGUGGACAAACUGUCUAACAAUACUACGUUGAGUCCUGCAGUCACGGACGAGAAACUCAGCACCCUUUUGCCAGACAAGGAAAACAUGGAAUCGGUUUUGUCCAUCUUUCAAAUACCAGAGAUCGACCUGGAUGAUGGCAUAGAGCUUCAUUGCUUCGAUGUUCAAGGUUAUAGUGACGACUACAUAGUUUCUUCUACGCAUAGUUGUCAAUCACUCGGAUACCAGGAGUCGAAACGGUGUGGCUCGGUUACAGGACCAUCGCGCGCGGGUCUCUAUACGGACGAUACUAUCGCAGACAACGUUAUUCACGGCGGGAACGAUGAAUCAGAGAGACCAUUGAAGACUGACACGAAGAGCCCUCACUUAUGUCCUGAGUCAAGCAUGGCGUCCAUGAAAGUGGACAGAAGCUGGAAAACCCAAGAAGCAAGUACUGGAAACUCUCACAAUGAAAAUGGGUCUCCAGGGCAUGUCUCAAAGGAUACGCCCAGUCCAAUGACCACAACCCCGUCCGGGACAUCAAAAGAGUAUCUGGCCGAUGAGCAUCGCACUCCCCAGUCGAGUUCUCAGAUGUGUUCCAAUGCAGGUAUUGACAGCGUUCCGUGGAAUUCUCCGAAGAAGACUCCUAAGAAUACGAUAGUCGAUACCAAUGGAAGCCCCCGCCUCCUUACGGAGAGAUAUAAACAAACCUACAAGAUACAAACUUUGGUUCUAGAUGAGACGGCAGAUUCGUUCGAGUUCUACAGAGGCCGUGCCACAGCGAGAGCGUCAGCUUCCUUUACUAGCCGGCUGAAACUAUGCGCAGCUGGAAACACCCGGCCGGAAAUUUCCGGGCCUAGCCAAGAUAAUGCCGUGCAGAAGAUGCUGUUCGAGACUAGCGAGUCCCUAUCCCGUCACAUCGAGAGCGAGAAUACUACUAUAAGCGAGAUCUUUGAGUCAUUCCGACAGAACUGCCAUCGAAUGCUUGACCAGCUGUCAGAGGCUCAGGAGGCGCGGGUCCGAUUAUGCCAGCAACAGAUGGAAGGCAUUCGGAAGCACCAUUCCAAGAUCUGUGAGGAACUGGUUCACCGGAUGGAGGAAGAUGAGAAGCGAUUUCAGAAGAUCCUCGGCAUCACCUGA